CUGAUUGCUCGCGACUUGUGGCGCGCGCGUAUAGUCGGCUUUCCGCACAUGUGAGACACGUUCAUCGGUCUCGUGUGAGGAAAUAUCUCAUUCCAGAGGAAUGCCUCCAUCACAGCACAUCACAUAACAAUAUGCUUUGUUGCAAUUGAUGGCAUGGUCGCUGCUUUCUGAGCAAAAUGCUGUGAUGACGUACAACUCCUUUAAUGUAUGUUGGGAGAAGCAGUCCGAUGAAUAAGCAACACUUAUACAGGCAUGGCUUCAAACCUCACAUAUGGAACAAGCCCUACAGACGGGCCCAGUAAAGGCAUUUGGGGUGUGAUCCUGCUCUCGCUCACGCUCUCGGCAUUGGCUGUACUUACCACUGCCAUGAACUGCUUGGUCAUAACAGCCAUCAUUGUGACACGCAAACUCCACCAUCCUGCCAACUAUCUCAUCUGCUCUCUGGCUGUGACCGAUCUGUUGGUGGCCGUACUAGUGAUGCCCUUCAGCAUUGUGUACAUCAUGAAGGGCACGUGGGUCAUGGGACAAUUGAUGUGCAACAUUUGGUUAAGUGUGGACAUAACCUGCUGCACAUGCUCAAUUCUACACCUGGCAGCUAUAGCUGUGGACCGCUACCGUGCCAUCACUAAUGCUGUAGAGUACUCCAGGAAGAGGACAUCUCUACGGGCCGCUCUGAUGAUCAGUGUAGUUUGGCUCCUUUCCAUAUUUGUCUCUCUGCCUCCUCUGCUUUGGAGACACUAUAAAAACACAGAUGAGGACAUGUGCAUUAUUAAGCAUGAUCACAUUGUCUUUACUCUUUACUCCACAUUCGGGGCUUUCUACAUUCCCCUUAUACUCAUUCUCAUUCUCUAUUAUAAGAUCUACCGAGCAGCCAAGACUCUUUUCCACAGGAGAAGGACCAGCUGCCUCAACAAGCCAGAAAUGAACAGACACAUGCUUCCCAAAUCCAGUGACAGGGAGCCAACUACACCCGACGCCCUGAGUCCUCCAGAGAAAUCUGUCUCUGAACCCUCCACCGAAGGCGACAGAGUGCGCAUCACGGCGAGAAGCCCAAAGUCUCAGUCUUGCAGAGAGAGGUCUGCCAAGAGACAUUACAUCUCAAGCACGCGUGAAAAGAAGGCAGCCACCACUCUGGGACUCAUUCUAGGGGCAUUUGUUAUCUGCUGGCUGCCGUUCUUCAUCCAUGAGGUGAUUGUGAACAUCUGUAGCUCCUGCGGCCUCCCCUCUGCUGAAAUAUCCAACUUUCUGACUUGGUUGGGUUAUCUCAACUCGCUCAUCAACCCCCUGAUCUACACCAUCUUCAAUGAGGAUUUCAAAAGGGCUUUUCAGAGGUUGAUCAAGUGCAAGAAUUGUCCCUAAUACAAACGAGGGGAUUACGUCACAUGAGGUAUGAACUGAAGGAUGGUGCCUGCCAUGAAACCUGUCAUUUCAAUAACUGAGUGAGGCAGAACCGUCAAGUGACUGUCACUUUUCUUAAAUUUACACACAAUUUCUUGUGUUUAGAUAUAAAUCUGUAUAUGCAAUUAUACUUGUUUGAGCUGAGCUAUAUUUUUGAAGGUUUUAACAUUAUAGAUGUAAAACAAACCUGAAAACUGUUUUGUACAAAUCAAUGAAUGAAUAUUGGAAACAAUUUACAAUAAGGUUCCAUUUGUCAACAUUAGUUAACGGCAUUUGUUAACAUAAGGUAACAAUGAACAAUACCUUUACAGCAUGUAUUAAUCUUGGUUAAUGUAAAUUUUUGCAUAAACUAGUAAAAAAAAUUAAUCAAAAUGAUAUUUGUUAACAUGAACUAACAAUGAAAAAUUGCAUUAUUAUUAACUAACAUUAACAAAUGUUAAUAAAACUGGUGUUUUAUUAAAACUAGAACACUAAACCUAAAACUAGAUUUGUUUUAUGUUUGCAGUGACACAACCCAACAUUGUCCAUUGUCUGCCCCAGUUUCAUAAAUAAUAGGCUAAUUAAUAUGCACAUAGUUUUGCCGGUAGUGAUUCUUGGGGAGACGUGCAUGCAUCUGAUGGACUAGACAGUCCCGUGUUUUCACGGCAACCAGCAUUUUUUGCCUCAAUUCGAACAUUGAUUAUACAUGACACACAAGCAAGGGAAUUGUUAAAUAAUUUUAUUAGAUAUUGUAUACUUUGAUAUUUUGGAAUCUGAGGUAAGGCAAAUAGUUGUUAGGUAAAUAUGUUGUGCAUUUGUUUUAUGUUUUUUUGUAAAGAAUGAUACAAUAUAUGUUUGAUUUCAUUUGACUUAUUCGUGUUGCAGUGAGACCAAAGAAGUGAACAGAGAACUUUUACUGCUGUAGGGCAUUGAACCUUCUAGAAAUAGAUGCUCUGAAAAUGGCCCAUAAUGUUGUAAAUAUUUGUAU